GGCAACGCCGCAGCUAGACAGCGGCUAACGGCUGGGAGACGUCACGAAAAAUGACCGUUAACAAACUUUGUCAGCGACUUUUCAGGUGUUUGUUUGAGAGAUGAGCGUUCGCUACGAGUGCCAACUUACCGAGGUUUAUCACACGGACAUGUCCGGGGAGCGAGCACCUCUGCCAACCGUCGGGAACGGCCUGCUCCGCGGCGGCCGUACGAGGUCCUACGGCAGUCUGGUCCGGUCUCCGGUUCACCAGAGGCGGAUAGAGCACAAAAUCCAGCCGGGAGAAACACUGCCAGGCCUGGCCCUGAAGUACGGAGUGUCGAUGGAGCAAAUCAAAAGAGCAAACAGGAUGUACACCAACGACUCCAUCUUCCUGAAGAAGUCCUUGUCCAUCCCCGUGCUGUCAGGCCUGGAGCACGGUAGUAACGGGGUUUCAGAGGACAGUGAAGAAGACAGUGCUUCUGCUCAAAACGGGCCAGACAGAGCGUCGGACCUUACUCCGGAGGAUUUUUUGAAAAGGUUGGAUGGUUUGAUAAGUCAGUCCAAGAACGCUGCUGUUAAAGGAUGCCAGGAGGCAGAGAAAAGGGUUGCCGCCCUAGAAGUAGCUUGCGCCGGCAGGACGUCAGACUGGCGGCCGCUCACAAGGUCGCAGAGUGUCGUUUCAUCGCCCAGAAUGCUGCUGUUGCAGCAGCAGGCGCCACAUGGAACAGUACCCCUAACUAUCACCAAACUCACCAAGAAACUGAGAGACAGAGAAGAUGAGAUCUUCCAGCUGUGACAUGUUGUUUUUGCUGUCACACUCUGAUCAUUAAAGACACUUUCCCAGAAGGCCACGUCACAGGGUUUGGCCUCCAGCAUAAUAGAGCACUCCAUACAAAGAAAUCGAUACUUUGUAAUCCUUCUGCUGCUUAAUGGACUUGGAGCUUAAAGGUUUUAAUGUAGACUUAACAAUGGGAAGUUACACUGUCUUUUAACUAAAGCUGCAAAUAAUCUUUUACUCGAUUAAUUGAUUAGUUGUUUGGUGCCUAAAAUGUCAGAAAAAGACCAAUGUGACAUCCUCAAAUGUCUUGUUUUGUCCACAACUCAAAGAUUAUUCAGUGCACUGUCAAUGAAGACAAGAGAAAUUAGAAAAUAUUCAUAUUUGAGAAGCUGAAAAUGACUCAGAACGAUGAUCAAAAUAGUCCUUCGGGUAGUUUAAUCGUUAACAACUGAUCGAUUAAUCGAUUAAUUGUUGCAGCUCUACUUUUAAAUUGUUUUUUAAAAGGAAUAUUGCACUGCUGUAGCCUUUUUAUUUAUUCGUUGAGACAGACUGUAGAUUAUGAAAAGCUUCAUAUUCUCCCAUAGAUGCGUUUGGCUUGAAAAUGAGAGCAUGAAAUGUUAAAAAUGGGAAUUUCACAGUCACAUGUUGGUUCAGUCAUAUGACUCUUCAUAUGGUGAGCUCAAUAAGCGGUUUGUGUGUAAUGCUACCUCACAGCCUGCUAAUGCAACGUUGGCCAAGUUUUUCUUUUUUUUUUACACUUUAGCCAAGGUAAGUAAAGUAUAUAAAUCACGUUCACUGUAAUACUGAGAGUGCAACAUUGCUCACAAAGUGAUCUGUCUGUUACUGCUGAUGAAUUUCAACUAUAAUGUAGCCAAAGUUUGAAAAAAGCAAAACAGCAAUCUUUUUAUUGUUUGUUAUGGGCAUAUUUUUUUUAUUUUAAGUUUUUUUUUUUUUUUUUUUUUUUUAUAGUUCAUUUUUAGAAUAACAAAGUUUUAAUCCAUCAUGUUCAGAUCUAAAUGUACAUUUGUCCACACUUCUUACAAGGCUGAGCUCUCUUGGCCUACCUCUUGAAAUAGCUGACUCUCAUUAACACUUGACUUUAAAAGCAUAUUUCUGUAAUUGAAACGUUGAACAUUAUUUCUUACACAAAGAUGAUUAUUAUAGCAGUUAAACGCUAAAUUAUAUUUUCCGACUAUUGUUUAAGGUGAAGUGACAAGUCUGGGCUUUCAUUUCUUUCCCUUGUCUGUUGAUAUUCAAUGUCUUUGUAAGGUAA